CUAGGCAUCAGAGACCAUCUGCAGCAUUCCACGAUGGAUGAUGAAGAGAACGGAGAGGACACCGUCGAAGAGAGCCACGUCGAGGGUGAAUCCAACGUGCAGGAGGUCAUUGGCCUGCUGCUCACUCCCCACCACCUGAACAUGGAGGAAGGUUCUGAGGAGAAUGGCGUGGUGGUGAACGAAGACGGCUCGAGCCAAGACGUCUCUUGCGAGCCGGAAGGAGCCGAAGUGGCUUCGGCAGUGGCCACCCUCGGACUCUCUCAGGACGUGGACACGUGCGGACUCGGGGUGAAGCUGGAAGACGGGUCGACGGCGUACCUGCAGGGCUUUGACCCCAAGCUGCUGGGGACCACCCACGCCCUGACCCUGGAGGACGGGACCACGGCCUACAUCCACUCCAGCACUCGGGAGUCCCUGGAAGGCCUCCAAGCGGUGCAGCUGGAAGACGGCACCACUGCCUACAUCCAGACAACGGGCACUGCCGAGGAACUCUUUGGUGCCGAUGUCGCAGAAACCGCCAUGGGCCUUGACGCCUUGGCUGCCCAGGCGUCGAGCGACGGCAGUCAAGAGGAGGACACCAUCAGUCAGAUCAAAGUGAACGUUUCGGUGGCCUCGGGGAGUCCCAGCACAGUGACCCUGGGCAAGGCAUUCCAGUGCAGCUACGACGGCUGCGGGAAGCUCUACACAACGCCGCACCACCUCAAGGUGCAUGAGCGGUCGCACACGGGGGACCGCCCGUUCAAGUGCCAGGUGUCGGGCUGCCAGAAGAGCUUUGUGACGGGCUACGGCCUCAAGAGCCACACCCGGGUGCACACGGGGGAGACACCGUACCGCUGCACCCACGACCACUGCACCAAGACCUUCAAGACAUCGGGGGACCUGCAGAAGCACGUGCGCACCCACACGGGGGAGCGCCCGUUCAAGUGUCCCUUCGAGGGCUGCGACCGGGCCUUCACGACGUCAAACAUCCGCAAGGUGCACAUGCGCACCCACACGGGCGAGCGGCCCUACGUCUGCAAGGAGGAGGGCUGUGGACGUGCCUUUGCCAGCGCCACCAACUACAAGAACCACAUACGCAUUCACACGGGUGAAAAGCCGUACGUGUGCCUGGUGUCGUCGUGCGGCAAGCGGUUCACGGAGUACUCGUCGCUGUACAAGCACCACGUGGUGCACACACACAGCAAGCCCUACCUGUGCAGCCUGUGCGGCAAGAACUACCGGCAGACCUCCACCCUGGCCAUGCACAAGCGCACCUCCCACGGGAUCCUCAUGCACGACCCACAUCUGGGCGGGGACGAGGAUGACAUAGAGGAGGAGCUGGAAGACGCCGACGACCAGGAGGCGGAGCCUGAUCAGGACACGGGAAGGGCUCCGGCCAAGGAGCGGCGACCGGGCAGGCAUCAGGCAGUCGUGACGAGCAGCACGACGGGGGGCGCCACCACGACCACCACCACCCUGGUGCUCCAGCAGGCCGGGUCGACGAGCGCGGAGACGCUCCUGGCCCUCCAGGCGGAGCACGGACUCACCUUCGAUCCGCAGGCGCUGCAGGAGGAAGGGACGCUGGUGCAGACAGCGUCGGGUCAGCAGAUCCUGUUGGUGACGAAUCCGGCGCAAGUGAUGGCCCUUCAGCAACUGGCCAUUCAGCAACUCGAACAGCAACAGGCGCUGGAACUGGACACGGGGGAAGAGAGUGUCCUCGGGGAAGACGUCAUCAUCACGGCCAGCGCCGCGCUGGACGACGACUGAGCCUCUCUAGGCGUCGAAGAUCAGUCUCCUGCCGGCGUUUUGGGACAUCUGACGACCUUGCCUCCUAAAGGACUAGAUGACAAGGUCGUAGUGAGGAAUUUUCUGCGUCGCCCAUCAAAGGCCUGCGCUGGGCGCCGAUUGGACGCGAGUUGCGGCUCAAUGCUGACGCGGCGUUUGUGUCUAAUCUCUGCCUCGCACUUGCCUCUGGUAGGUGAUGAUGAAAAUUCGGAAUUGCUGUACUGUUACCUAUUUGAGUCACCAAUCUCUCCAGUAUGUCCUAAAUGGAAACCUAGAAUCCAAAAGGGAACCACAAAAGUUGAUGCCAUGGUAUACCAAGCUGAAAGUUCUCCCGAAUGGGUAGCCAUCUUUCGUGCCGAAACCUUGCGCACCCGCGCCAAAAGUGGAAAGCUGACUUUGACAGUCUUUAGGGGCGGAUAAAACGUUGGUUUUGAAUUCCUAGGCCUAAGAAAGAUUACUGCAGGAGUGUCUCUUCCAGUGUAACUUUUCAAGCACAUCUAGUUGAUUUACUUCUGAUAAGUUGAACAGUUUUGCCUGGUGCAUUCUGUGCUCAGAAAAUUCAGUUUGACCUGUAUGCUGGCAAACCGUGACACAAGUGAGGGCACUUAAGGUAUAAACGUUCCAAAAAUGGACAGUGGUGAACAGUAUUUCAUGAGAUUUAUUAGCAUCUCGCGAAAUACUUAGAAUUAAUUAAACGAGUAAAAUAAAUGCGCGUUCAAGAGAACUUUCAACUCUCUGCAUCCAGACACCAAUGUUUGUGGUUCCUUUACUUUCUUUUCAAACACGUUGUGUAUCGAUUACUGGAUUGCGGUUUUUCAUGACUGGGGUGCAGUCACUGAGCCGCCACAUUACGAGUCCCAGACUCCUUCUUCGCGAGUGAAUAUGCAUCAACUCUUGAACCUUUCUCAGUUGCCACGGGAGGCCAUCGUGACAUUGCAACAUGUAAUAUGCUAAACGUCGUACUGGUAAGAUGGAGGCCUUGUGGCUUCUCAUCAGCAGCACUUGAAGCACUAUCCGGAAGAUGGGAGAGGUCUUGGACGAACCAUAUGAACUGAUCUGAAUGUAUUGGCAAGGCUGUAUUUUCUUGUAGGUACCACAAGCAAUCCAUGAAGAAAGCUCGUGUGUCUGCUUGCUUACAGUGCAUGCAGAAACUAACUGGAAAGGGCCCAGUGAAUAACGCAACACCGAUAACAUAUGAACUCUGGACUGUGAGUGGCCUAGGCUGCUCUCCUUGUGUAGAUGCAAGUGGUUGGCUCUUGAUGUGCACUCCUGGAACGCAGGCACUUGGGUCUUGUUCAUAAAAAUAACUUGUGCCAUAGGCAUCAAAGUGCUUUAAUCUAUUUUUAGUUAACCGUUUAAUUAACCGUUAGACUGAUGUGUAUGUAUUUUUGUGAUAGAAAUAUAAAAGAAUGAACUUGUGUGAAAAGGUAGAAAAGAGAAACAAACUUUUUGCAGGGUGUCGCCUAUUUUUUAUUGUUAUGUAUUACGACCGAUUAUCAGUUGUUAAGAUUUUCUGCCAAUGGCACUGGUGCAUAUAAAUUACAUUGUCAGUUUUUCUUCUAGCUCGUGGACAUCUUCCGUGAGAAAAUAACUUACUUAACUCGGGUACUAUUAUCCUGGUUAAGUAUUACCCGUGUACUACUAUUAUCAAUCUUUUUGGAUGUUGCAGAAAUUGGGCCUUCACCAUAUGUAAAAGGGGCCUCUAGUCAUGAAACAAAUGAAGGUAUAAACAUGCGAGACAAGGGACAACACAGGUGCAUCUUCAACUACAUCAAAAACAGUGAAAUAUCAAGUACCAUAUUUUCCAGACUAUAGUUAGCACCUAGCGUACUGUCUGCAGGGGUAAUAUUCGGUUAAAGAAAAAAAGUUUCUUUAGGUAUACCAUGUUGAAUAUACCUGAGACUGGGGUAGAAAGGAACAUAAAAGUCGAAGAAACAGAAAGGGACUGUUUCUUCGACUUUUAUGUUCCUUUCUACCCCAGUCUCAGGUAUAUUCAACAUGGAUAACAUCCACCAGCUUGUCUGCACCCUUACUACUUUUUCUUUAGGUUGUUCACACCCGGUGUAUAGUCCGUUCCUGGUUUGUCGCCUGCACGUAAAAACUUGGCAUGCGUAGCAGACUUUCAAAAAUGCCUGCUUUACAGUCUGAGCUCAUUACAACAGACAUGGUUACAACAGACAUUUGGAUAUAACAUACCGAUUUGUGAAGUUCGGUUGGUUUUCCUCUACAUACCACUGACUCAACUUCCCACCUGCAUACAACAUACUGCUUUUACAACAGACGGAAAUCCUGGUCAAAAUCAAGGUCUGUUAAACGAACUUAGAGUGUACUAGUGCACAAAGCAGCUUGUAUCAUAAAGAAAUCAUCAUUGACGUAAUCUGUCAUUCACAAGAUCCGUCGUGGUUUUCGUAAUUAAUGACCCGCACCUGUAGAUAGUUUGCACCACAUAAAAAUUGAACUUGUAUAAUGUAGGGGCUGGUAGUCCAGAAAAUAUAGUACUCUUACGGUUGCUUGUUGAAAAAUGUUGGUGUGUCACCUCUUCUGUUAGGUACUUAUUUAUUUUUUUUACACACGUCAAUUCUUUUGGCUUUUUAAGCCCGUCAAAUUCGUAUUCAUUUCCCGUCUUGUUUUAUGCAGCAAACAUCCACCAAUACUUUCACGAGAAAGGCACAUCAUUCAGUAUGGUACAGCUAGGUACAUUGAGAGACAUUGUUCAUAUGGUAUUUUCGAAAGUUCAUAUAACUUGCAUUGUUAUUGUGCUAAACAUUAUAUAUACUGACGUGAUCUGAAUCUGGGCAGUGUAUUUAGACGAGCGUCGUUAUCGCACUUGGAAUGUUCACAAGACAAAUGUUUUUUGUUUUUUUUUGUGUUUGUUUUAGCACAGUCAGAUUCUGGUUGUUUGUACAGAUGUUGUAAACUCUUUUGGUGGCUUUCAUUUCUGCUCAUGCUGGAAUGCGUUUAUUAGCAAAGAAUCUCCAGCCAUCCUCACGGUUGGCAAGACUGGUUCAAAGAAGACUUUUUACAAUUUCAUGGCAAAUGUCAUGUCAGGUGUUUCUUGAAAUGUGUUACUUAAAUUUUUUUGUUUGCAUUGCUGCUGUGAGCAUGGAACAUGUAAUGGACUGAGAACAUGUGACAGUUUACAUCAAGGGCCCAGUUUGCUCUGAAAAUGACCAUUAUCUGGGCUUUGUCUAAUAAAUGGCUACAAUGGAACAGAGAUGAGCCUGUUUUGUUAAAAAAAAUAAAAAAAACUACAAAUAAGUUUAUACAAAUUUGGGCAUUUUCCUGAAUUAUGCCCUCGCACCCGUUUCUUUGGGACUGGUGCACACAACAUCUGAGUUAAACUAUAGAAAAAUGAAUUGAGUUUUGUUGUAGUGUCAUGCAAAGAGAGAUUAACAGGUCAUUUUUAUUAUUUAAUCAAUGGAUUUAAUUGUAAGUUACACUUGUAACACCACUUCCGCACGCUGUUGUAAAUUGCCAACUCUGCGACAAUAUCUUGAUUCAGGACUGGUAAGACAAAGUUGAUGUGAAGUUUCAGCUUGUAGAGUAAU